AUGCCGGCUACGAGUUCAGAGGCAGAUGUGAUAUUCAACAGAGCCAACGUUGCUCUCGCGAGAAGCCAGAGACUGAUCGCAUCCUGGCUGCCGCCUAAAACCGCUGAUGAAACAGCCAACGCAAAGUCUGAGGAAGAGCUCCAGAAGGAGGAAGAUGAGAUAUUCACGGCAGUUCCAGAGAAACUCGGCCUGGGAGCUCCUCUUCCUCAGAAAGAAGCUGACGGCAGUAUCAAACGAACUGAACUCAGCUCCAACGACAAGCUCCGGAAGCAUCUAUUAGGGAAAAACUUUCAAAAGGCCGAAGCGUCAAGGCUGAAGAAUGCAAGCACUCGAACCAAGCAGGCAGGCCCUGCUCCCAGCCAUAAAAAUGAAAUAAUCGAGGAGAGUGACGAGGAAGAUGGCAGGUCGGCGUUGGGUAAAGGCAAGAAAGGAAAGAAAGCUGAUAGUCAGCCGCCAAUUUCCUCGGGGACGGACUCCGGUAGAAAGAAGAGGACCAGCAGUUAUUUGGACGAGGUUCUAUCCCAGAGAAAAGCGAAGAAAGGGAGAAAGUGA